CCACUUAUAAAGCCACAGUCUUUAAGCACCUUCAACCCUAAAACCCUAAACCCUCACUCUUCUCCUCCUCUCAAAACACAAUGGCUUUCACUUCCAUCCUUCGCCGAUCGGCCUCAUCUCUGGCCCCACUAGCCUCCCGCCUCGUCCGCGGCCAACGGAACUACCACGCCGCCGUGUUCACCGCCAUAAACCACUCCAGCUUCGCCGCCCGGAAGCCCUCUUUGAGCCCUCUGGCCCCCAACCCUCGCUACUACUCCAAGGCCGACGACAGCCUUCUCCGAGUCAUCGACGCCGAGAUUCAGUGCGCCGAGGAGACCGAUGAGCAGGAGAUUGAAGAGGUUCCGAGUGGUUUCCCUUUUAAGGUGGAAGAUGUGCCCGGAUUUCAGACUGUGAAACUAACCAGAACGUAUCAAGAUGAAGAGAUUGAGGUGGAAGUUCACAUGCCUGAUCUUGUUACUGGUGAAGGUGAGGAUGAUGAUGUGGAUGAUGAUGGUAACGAGCAUGCCAAUCAAUCGAGCAUUCCAUUGGUCGUGACCGUCUCCAAAGGUAAUGGGGCUCCGGUUCUUGAGUUUAGCUGCAAUGCUUAUCCUGAUGAGAUUGCAAUUGAGAGCUUGCUAGUCAAGAAUCCUGACACUGCUGAGGAUCAAAUCGCCUAUGAAGGGCCGGACUUCAAUGAUCUGGAUGAGAAUCUCCAGAAGUCAUUCCACAAGUACUUGGAGAUCAGGGGAAUUAAGCCCAGCACAACCAACUUUUUGCAUGAGUACAUGAUCAACAAAGACAGCAGGGAAUACAAGAAUUGGUUGAAGAAACUGAAACAGUUUGUUCAAGUUUGAGUGUCAUAUCGGUCAUUAUGGAACUUCUAGCUUUAAGCAACAGAUGCUAUAUUUUAGGAAGAGACUUAUGUAGUUCAUUGAAACUUGAUGUGCGUUAUGUUGGCACUGUUUUGAUAUGACAGUGAUCAUUUGAGUAAUAUUUUAUGUUUUUGUCGAUUUCUACGUGACAGUAUUUUUCAAG